AUGGUCAUAUUAUCUCUUGUUCUGCUUUUGCUUUCAGUCCAGUGGUCCUGGGCUCAGGAAGACCCUCUUCUGCCUUUCUCUGAACACCUGGACCUCGAGCACAAGGUGCGGCUGAAGUGGGGAUUUGAUAAGAUCAAGGGCACAAUCUUGUUCGAGCUCACGGUCAACACCAGCGGCUGGGUCGGUUUUGGCUUCAGCCCCAAAGGAGGAAUGACUGGAGCCGAUAUCGUCAUUGGAGGAGUUGGACCCAAAGGCAUUUACUUCACGGAUCGUCAUGCUGUGGGAAAAUCAAUUCCUUUGGUUGACAAGCAACAGAACUACAAACUCCUGUCUCUGAAAGAGUCUGAUGGGAAAACAGUCAUGAAGUUUCAGAGGUCCAUUGGUUCCUGUGAUGAAAAUGAUUUACCCAUCACUAAUCUCCCCAUGAAGCUGAUCUAUGCGUACGGACAGACCGAUGAAAUCAUGUACCACAGCACCCGAAGAGGCACAAAGCAGCUGAACCUGUUGAAGUACAUGCCUCGGGUCAACCUUCCAAACAGCAACUUUUUUGACAUAACUAUGGUCAAUUUCACUGUACCAGCCAACCAUACCUACUAUCACUGCAAGAUCAUGAAAGCCCCAACAUUUGAUCGCAAACAGCACAUUUAUCGCAUUGAGCCGGUGAUCACAAACAUUGACGUCAUGCAUCAUCUCGUGCUGUACCGUUGCCCUCCGAGCGUGACCGAGCCGCUUGAGGUGGAGUGUUAUACUGGGAUGGAUACAAAGUGUAUAGAGGCCGUGGCUGUGUGGGGAGUUGGCGGAGGGGCUUUUGAAUUUCCUGAAGUGGCAGGACUACCAAUUGGAGGAAAUGUUGGGGAUUUUUUCUACAGGCUUGAAGUGCAUUACAACAACCCCAAUAAAAGUGCAGGUCGAGUUGAUAACUCAGGUCUGCGAUUCUAUUACACAUCUAAACUCCGUCAGCACGAUGCAGGUGUUCUGAUAACAGGGCUUGCGGUGGCCCCUGGGUACGCCAUCCCACCCAAAGCCAAAUCCUUCCUCACGUACGGCCUGUGUGACACUGCUUAUAUUCCAAAGGUUCUGGAGACGCCACAUGAUCUUCAGGUGUUCUCUUUGAUGCUGCACACACACUUAGCUGGACGGAAGGUGCGAGUCGGACACUUCAGAGGAGGUAAACAGAUCGAUUUCCUAGCUGCGGAUGAAAACUAUGAUUUUGAAUAUCAAGAAGCGACCAAUUUGGGUAAAACUAAGACAGUGAAGUUGGGUGACAAAUUGCUGGUGGAGUGCACCUAUGAUACUGAAAAACGCAGCACACUCACAUGGGGGGCAUACUCAACUUCAGAUGAGAUGUGUUUGGCCUUCCUCUUCUACUAUCCAGCUAUGAAUCUGGGCACCUGUGUGAGCCUCCCUAAUGCAACUACUUUAAUAUCUAAGAUGGGAGCAAAAGAUACAGCUACUUGGCUCAAUAUGAUGUUCACGAAGACUUGGAAUGACAUGUCUAUCAACCAAUACCAACAAACACUGAAGAGAAUCGACCAGCUCGUCUGGAUCAUUAACUCGAAUAACAACAUAUCAAGCAACACAGGGCUGAUUCCUGACUUCACAGUCAUCCCGUCUGCACCCUGCAUGAGCGACAGUGCCACCAAGAGUCUUGCUUUGCCAUCAGGUACUUGGCGCAAUAUGAUGCUCAUGAAGACUUGGAAUGACAUGUCUAUCAACCAAUACCAACAAACACUGAAGAGAAUCGACCAGCUCAUCUGGAUCAUUAACUCGAAUAACAACAUGUCAAGCAACACAGGGCUGAUUCCUGACUUCACAGUCAUCCCGUCUGCACCCUGCAUGAGCGACAGUGCCACCAAGAGUCUUGCUUUGCUAUCGCUGCUCCUCUGUUUGGCAGUGCAGUGGGCAUCCUUUUGA